AAGAGAGAUAAGAGGAAAGAGAGAGAGAGGGCGCUGUGUCUGAGAAACACUCAGACAGAACAAAUGAGCAGCCGCGGCUCGUCUCGCUCUAGAGAUGCUGAUAUCGGCACCGGAGCGAGAGCUCUUUCAACACAGAGACACAUUACAACUGCAGAGAAAACAACAGAGCCACAGCUGAGCAGAAAACAACUGCUACAAGACAGUUAGAGAGACAAACAGAAAGAGAGAGAGAGAGAGAGUGUUGGGAUUGUUAGGAGCAAAGAUUUAAAGAGAGCUACCAAAAGAAAGAAAGAAAGAAAGCAGAUUAAAGACUGGUGUUGUGCUGCCCGCAUGUUCUUAUUCUCCACACACUCACACAGAUACACAUGAGAUGGAUUCAGUCUUAACAGCAGCGGUGUCUACAGAUCUGGACGCAUGAUGACCAUGGAGAGCAUGUUUAUUGGUAACCCGUGCCAGAGUGGACUGGUGCCGGCGUUGGUACGAGCUCCUCUGCCCGCUGUGACACCGUCUCUGGGCAUGAAGCGGUUCCUGUCCUUCCCUCUGGACAGCGGCUCACUGCUGGGUCUAGUGCCUGGAUUUAGUUCGAUGGACCCUCUUCAGAAGGCUGUUUUACAUCACACGUUUGGUGUUCCUGCUUCUACUAAAAGGAAAUGUGUGUCGUGCACCGUGUGCAAGCUGAGGUUUAACUCACAGAGUCAGGCACUGGCCCACUACAAAGGCACCAAACAUGCCAAGAAGCUGAAAUCCUUGGAUGCCCCAAAAUGCCUCAGACAGAAGAGCCCUCCGGCCACCAGAGAAAAUAUCAACAGUGAGCCGUCUAGAGGCCUCUCACCCGCCACGACGGCCAACAACGACGACAAAAGAGAUGAAGGUCCUGGAGAGCUCGUGGCUCCUUCAUCUCCCUCAUCCACCCCCAACAUGAGCCCCAGGGAGGCGGAGUCUACUUCAGUGUCAGGAGGUGAGGACGGCCCCUCCAUCGCACCCAGCCCACCACAUCAGACAGAACAAGAGAGUGAAGUGACAUCAGAGAUGGAGUCAGAGGAGAAGAAAGCCCUGCGUCUGCUCUACUGCUCUCUCUGUAAGGUGGCCGUCAACUCCGCAUCCCAGCUGGAGGCGCACAACAGUGGCACCAAGCACAAGACCAUGCUGGAGGCUCGCAGUGGAAGCGGUUCCAUCAAAUCUUUUCCCAGACCCGGGCUAAAAAGCAAGCUGUCGACGCCCACCAAGACAGACCUGGGCCUGCAGAACAAGAUCUUUCACUGUGAAACCUGUGACGUGCACGUCAAUUCAGAGACGCAACUCAAACAGCACAUUAGCAGCAGACGCCACAAAGACAGAGCAGCGGGAAAGCCUUCCAAACCCAAGUACGGUCCUUACUGCAAAACCCAAAGAGGACAACCCAACCAGACGCAGGUGAAGAUGGCAGUGGGAGAAGACUUGUGUCCAUCCCUGACAAGCAGGAUAAUGUCGUCACACCUGGCAGCUGUCGCCGCUGCUGUAAACUCCGCCUUUCCCCUGCGUGCCUGUCAUAACCCCGCCCUCUUUCAGACUCAGACCCUCCCGGCCACGCUGCUCCGCCCGGCCCCGGGGCCAAUCAGGACUGCUCACACUUCUGUACUGUUCGCCCCUUAUUGACCUUUGAACUAUGACCUCACAUGCUUGGAUCAUCGCUUUUGUCACUCCAUAACACCUCAUCAAAUGCGACAUAUCGCAAUAAUUUGAAAUUAAAACAGGAGCCAGGUAACUAUGCAUUGUCCUUUUUAUGUGACACACUGAAGCUAUAAAUGUUCCGGUGAGUUGUUUUUCAUUAUCAUCACGGUACAAUGUGUACGACAUCAAAGGAAAAAAAAAAAUAUUUUUUUAAAGAUAUGCCAUUAUAAUUUACUCGCUGUCAUUCCUAGAUGUAUUAUUUUCCGACUUCGGCGAAACGCAAGAAUUGAUGUUAGACAGAAUGUCCGAGCUGUUUUUAAGACAAGGAAACGAAGUGAUUCAUAUAUAAUCCAGUGUGCUGUUUCAAGCUUUGCGCCAACAAGAAAUGUUUUUAUUGGAUAUGAAUUUUCUGUUCGUGACACAAAACUGAUGUGUUUUCAUUUCAUAGCUCAUUCAUUGUAUAAAAGAACAGCUUGGACAUUGUGCUUUGUGUUUACUGAGGCAAUAAAAUAAUACAGGUUUAAAAAAGUAUGAUGACGGUGAGAUGUCGACAAAAAUGGGCAGAUUGUAAUUUUAAAUUUUGAGAUGAAAUUGUAAACAAAGAUGUUAUGGAGAGGGUUAAUAUUUGACUGCUGUUGCACUUUAGGAUGUUGUUGUUGUAGACGUUCACUGCUUUUGAUGACUAGAACCCUCCUGGUAUCAACUGUUUGUGUAAUGAGGUGAUCACUGCUUCAUACAGUAUGUAAAUGAUGUGCGACAGGAUUGGUGACGGGUCUGGUGGUGUCGGUUAAAGAACUACUUCUUUAAGAAAAGAUCAUGUUCCAUUAAGAUAUUUUGUAAAUUUCCUACCGUAAUAUCAAACUUUCUUUUGUGAGUGGAUGCAGACAAAUCAAAAACAAAAAUGGCCCUUAAACACGUCUACAAACUUCACUCGCCGCUGGCCGCUCUUUGAGAAUUAGCCAUUCAUGUUUGGUAUCAAUGUAAAGCUUAGAAUUUAUACUUCCGGGUUCAUCUCCACAAUGCCAUUACAGCGGUAAGCCAAUAGAGAGCAUUAAAACAAACCUGUUUCUUGUAGCAAUGUCGUGCUAAGCCUCCUCUAAAUUCUCAGAAUUUAGAUUUUAUUUUGCACCCUCAGAGUUUUAAAUAGUUGUAUCUUGGCCAAACGUCAUCCCAUCCAAAAAAAACAUACUGUACGUCAAUGGAAAGCUUAUUUAUUUAGCUUAAAUGUUGACCCUUAUUGUGGUCGAGGGUCUCACAUCUUCAAUCUUUCUAUUUCAUCUUAAAGCUACUGUACAAUUUGUAACUUUUAGCUUUAAAAGAAACUCAGUGAUUGAGCAAGUACAUAAACCAUUUGUGUCCGAAACUUUCUGCUUAUCUUACCGCAAUUCACAACAAUAAGAUUGAAUAAUAAUGAUGUUUUAUAUGCUGGGAACAAUUUUGCAGUAGUUAGAGAUACGCAUAUGAACUUUGAUUCAAUAUUCAAACUGUUGGCGAUGGAGCGGCAAAAGUUGAUUUAAUAUUGAGCGAUAUGUAAACCGGAUUGAUCUUCCUGAAAACUGUAAACACUGCACCGCUGUGUUUAAGCAUCUCGAAUAAGUAUUUUAGGUUAGUAUUUUAUCCAACAAAUGAAAAAUCUACAUUUGGCAAACCCAUUUCAAAUCUUUGUCAUUAUUUUGUCAGAUCCAUUUGGUGUCACUUGCAGCACAGAAAUGAUACACACCACCAUCUUUAACUGGAACACGCCUUGUCCAUCCAAAUCAGGUCAUUAAAGAAGAGUUCACGUGUUCUUCAUAGAGCACAUUUCAGGUCUUGUGUUUGUGUGUUUCACACACUACAUUGAUUGAAUGUGUUGUUUGACAUGUUCAUCCUGUGUGUUAUUGACAACAUGAAUGUUGUGAAAUGUGUUCAGUUAGAAUUUGUGUCUUUGAUUGAUCUAUGAGAUGGAGAACUGUAAAAGAUGCUGAUCCAAUCGAAAGCGAAAGAAAUUUGUUCCAGCUCACAUUAAGCCCUGCUGUAGCGUGCGUGUUUAUGUGUGUGUGCACGCGUGUGUGUGGCAGGAUGCAGGGGAAGAUGAGCGCUUGAUUUCCAAAGUAAAAUCCUACUGAUUCAUGUCAAAGCAAGGUUAAAAAAUAUAUUGGAAUGUAUGCAAAACAGAUUAUGUAAAUGUGUAGGAGUGUGUUUGUUUGAGUUUGUGUGUUAUUAAAUGCCUUUCACCGGAAGAUGUCCCUGGGAAAAAUCUAAUGAAUAUAACAUUAGCUGCUGCGGGGUCACAACGCUUGUCUGUCUCUUCUUGCAAUGUGAAAACAAACAAACAAUUUCAAAUAAAGAAUCCUGCUUUGUAA